GAGCGCAUCGAUCCUUCCAGCAUGCAGUUGCAGCGUCAUUGUGGGCCACUGUUUGAAUGAAGUUUGGAGGCAGACAAAUCUUCCGCAUCACAACUCACAUUCGGCCUUCGGAACUGCCGAGCUUUAAAAAAGACAAGCAAACAGAAAGAUGCCCGUAUUUACAGUGAAUGUGAAAUGGGGAAAGGAGAAGUUUGACGCAGUGGAACUGAACACAGAGGAGCCACCCAUGGUGUUUAAAGCCCAGCUCUUUGCUCUGACAGGAGUUCAGCCAGAGAGACAGAAAGUAAUGGUGAAGGGAGGAACGCUGAAGGAUGACGAGUGGGGAAAUAUCAAGCUGAAGAAUGGGAUGACCCUUCUGAUGAUGGGUUCUGCAGAUGCCCUGCCUGAAGAGCCUGCUGUACGACCAAUGUUCGUAGAGGAUAUGACGGAAGAGCAGCUUGCAUCUGCUAUGGAGUUGCCUUGUGGAUUGACAAAUCUGGGCAACACGUGCUACAUGAAUGCAACAGUGCAGUGUCUGCGCUCUGUGCCUGAGCUCAAAAAUGCUCUCAGGAGGUAUUCUGGUGCCUCACGGUCUUCUGGAGCUAAUGCGCCCUCCCAGUACAUCACAGCAGCUCUGCGUGAUUUGUAUGAGUCCAUGGACAAGACCUCCUCGAGCAUUCCACCCAUCAUUCUGCUACAGUUCCUGCACAUGGCCUUCCCACAGUUUGCAGAGAAAGGAGACCAGGGCCAGUACCUCCAACAGGAUGCCAACGAGUGCUGGGUCCAGAUGAUGCGAGUCCUUCAGCAGAAAUUAGAACCUCUAGAACCAGAGACCCCAGUGGAGGCUGAUGGUGAAAGUGGAGCAGCUGCCUCUACAAAAAAGAAGACCUUAAUCGAUCAAUAUUUUGGUGUUGAAUUUGAUACUACUAUGAAGUGCACUGAGUCAGAGGAAGAAAGUCCAACCAAAGGCACAGAGAGCCAACUGCAGCUCAGCUGCUUCAUCAAUCAGGAAGUCAAAUAUCUCGCCACUGGACUCCGAUUGAGGCUACAGGAGGACAUCACAAAAUUCUCUCCUUCCUUAAAUAGAAAUGCGCUCUAUAUCAAAUCGUCAAAAAUCAACCGUCUCCCGGCGUACCUGGCGAUUCAAAUGGUUCGCUUCUAUUACAAAGAAAAGGAGUCUGUCAAUGCCAAAGUCCUUAAGGAUGUUAAAUUUCCUCUUAUGCUGGACGUCUAUGAGCUGUGUACGGCUGAACUUCAAGAGAAGAUGGUUUCCGUGAGGUCAAAGUUUAAGGAGGUUGAGGACAAGAAACUAGAGGAGCAGCAGCAGCAGCAGAAGAAAGUAAAUCAGAAGGUUGGGGCAUCUAAAGAAACAAAAUAUGAACCUUUCUGUUUUCCUGACGACUUGGGUUCCAACAACAGCGGUUACUAUGAUCUGCAGGCAGUUCUAACGCACCAGGGACGAUCCAGUUCAUCUGGCCACUAUGUUGCCUGGGUUAAAAGGAAAGAAGAUGAAUGGGUAAAGUUUGAUGAUGAUAAGGUCAGUGUUGUAACCCCAGAGGACAUCCUGAAGCUGUCUGGCGGUGGCGAUUGGCAUAUAGCAUACGUCCUUCUGUACGGUCCACGACGUUUGGAAAUACUUGAGUAACAGUGUUUCACAGGAGAAACUUAAAGCAUACAUAAUUGCCAUUUCAAAGCACUGUCUGUAUAGAUGUGCAAUAAAUCCUGAUGUCUUUAAAAAACCUGACCUUAAUAUUUUCUGAACUCAUCAUGCAUCAACACAAGCAGCAUGUCAGUUGAGGGUGUUUCCCCCCAUUCCAUGGAUGAUAGAUUUGAUUGAUGCAGUUGCUGGACUUGAUACUUGUUUGGACUUGCAGUUAUUUUCUAAAUGUUUUCUCUAUGCAUUGUAUAUUUUUUAAGCCUGUGUAAAUGUAUUCAUACUCACUAGACAGUAUCCAACUGCAGUCAUUUUUGGAAAUGUAGAACAUUGGUUUAUUAAAGAUGUUCUUGGCUAAGUUUUUGUCAUUUUCUAUUAAGUAUGAUAUGUGGUCUCUCACCCAAAAAUGUUACAAGGAUACGUUGUGUGAUGCUAGUCUGGUUUGAAUAUCUUUUGAAUGUGGAUUUUGUUACUGAAACAUUGAGGAUGCGCGUUCAUGCACAAAUACCACUCCUAUCGUCAAGCUACAAUGCAACAAAUGCCAUUGUAAACUUUGUCUUGAAAAACCCAAAUACAGUUAUGCA